ACCACCAUCAACAACAACACCACCACCAUCAACCACACCAUCACCAACAACAACACCACCACCACCAACAGAACCAGUAACAGGAACAGAAUUACCCCCAACAGCUAAACUACAAACACCAUUAACAGAAACACAAAUAACGGCACCAAGUAAUGUAUAUCCAACAGAAUCAACAGAAUUAGAUACAUCAACAGAAAUGCAAAAGUUACCAACAGAGGAUGCGGAGAUGAUGGAUAUAGACGAGGAACCUCUGUGGAAGGAUGCGGAAAUAAAGAAACUAACAAGGCAAGUGAAAAACCAGCAACGAGAAAUGGAGAGGAUGAAGGAAGCAUAUUUAGAGGAAAACAAGUUCCGGAGAAGUUGUGAAAAACGUAUAAGGGACUUGGAAGUAGAAUUAAACGCCACUAAAACUGACAAUAACUCGAUUAGAAAAAUGGAACAGUAUUAUAUGGCUUUGGCGAUCAGUUGGCAGACGCAGUACAACACUGUACUAGAUGCCUACAACAAGCUGGAGGAUGAUUUCACUAAAUAUAAGGUCUACGUUGAGAAGAAGGCACAGGAUUUAAUGGCCGGUGGAAAUAGCCCGAAUACCGCCAGAAAUCAGCAUCCUCUUCAGGAGGAAAUUCCUCCAAAUGUCCAGAAGAUUCGGUCUGUUUCCGCGAACAGUAGUUGGGGUGAGCCACGCUCCACCUCCCACUCGGCUGGAUCUCGUGCAUAUGACGCUAUGCUGCCGUCUGGCCUGAAGAAUAUAGGCAACACUUGCUACAUCAACUCCGUGCUCCAGUGUCUCUUCAAUGUGUAUGACUUCAGUUACCAUUUUAUCUAUAUGGGAUACAAACAGGACCUCAACAGAGAGAAUAAGCUGAACGCCGAAGUAGUUGAUGUGAUCGCCCAGAUAUUUCAGGCACUGCACAACAAGACACCCACCGACACCUACCUGCGUAAGUUCAAGGAUGUUCUUUGUAAAUGCGAUGAGCAGUUUGUAGGGUCUGGCCAACAAGACGCUCACGACCUGCUGACUGUGGUGUUGACAUGUCUACAUGAGGCACUUACCACGGUCCAGGAUCCAGCUAAUGACUCAAGCAUCUCCAUUGUUUCUGAUAUCUUCCACGGGCUGCAGGAGUCUACCAUCGUGUGCCCCAAGACCGGAUCAGUCAUCUCCCGCACUCGAGAGACCUUCAACAGUAUAAGUCUCCCGGUCGACAUGCUCAAGGACUGGUCUCUGGAGGAGCUGAUAAAAAAACACUUCGAGGAUCAGCGUAUCGAAUGGGAGUGUGUUGACUGUGGCACCUUACACCCUUGCAACCACACCACCAUCCUCGUCACCCUACCUAUUAUCCUCAUCAUUCACCUGAGCAAGUACACUAAGCGGUCGGUUAGGGGGCAGAAAAACUUGGUGCAUUAUCCCGUGGAAGGUCUUCGUAUCAAGAGGCGCCCCACACACGACACUGUCAGGAUAGCAAAUUACAACCUUGUGGGUGUAUGUCACCAUCGAGGAACUGCCAAUGCAGGCCACUACUUCGCCCUCUGCAAGAAGUGGGACGACAAUAAUUGGUACUUGUAUGACGACAGCUACGUGAGCCAACUUCGCAGCCAACACCACGCCCCCGACACCGCCCACAUACUCUUCUACAAGGCCAUGACUGAGAGCUACCCUACACAGAUCCCUCACACUAACUCGUCAUGAAUACCUUAAAAUGUUUAUUGUUUCGGUGAAGUAUUUUUGUAAUUUGGGGGAAUUUUUAUUAAUAGUCAUAAUCCAAUGAUGAUUUUGCUUAAUUAUCUAUAAGUUUUUAAUCCACUUAAAUUCACACAAACAGAAAGCCUUUUUAUUUUUCAAAAUGGCAACACUGCAUUGUCAAGUCUUCUGAACUCGGCCUCUGAUGAAACAUAACAAAAGCUCAACUACUGCCGGUGAUACUGUUGUGAAAUAUUUUAGGUAAGCGUAGAUAAAUACCUCUGUUGUUCUUAAAAAGCUAAUAGGGCGUGGCUGUAAAAACUGUGCCGUUGUGUUAAUGUUCUUAUUAUGUAAGGUAUCGUUAUGUAAGUAAUUUGAUCAAGUUGUUUGGGAGGAAUUAUAUAUAUAUGAAUAUAAAA